AGUAAGCAACCUUUUCUUAUCUAUAAAUACCAUCUUCCAUAAAUCUUUCUUCACUCUCUCUCCCUGUCACUCUAAAACCCCAAACAACACGGACUUGGCGGCGACCCUUCUCUCUCUCUCUCUUUCUCUCUCUCAAUUCGAUCAUGGCACCUGUUGCUCCUUCUGACAAAGCUACAGAUUUACUGCAGAAUUUGUCCCUGGAUUCUGAGUCCAAGAGUAUUGGAGUUGCUGAGCCUGCCAAGAAGAAUGGACCUGUUUUUUCCAAUGAUGCUGCUAAGGGAAUGGCCAAGCCGUUUAAUCCGAAUCCAUGUUUUGUUCCAAAUGGAUACCCUUCUACUGCAUACUAUUAUGGAGGUUACGAAGGGCAAGGCGAUUGGAAUAUUUAUUCCAGAUAUAUGAACCUUGAUGGAGGGAUGGCUCAAGGGGUUUAUGCGGAUGGCUGCUCUUAUAUGUACCAUCAAGGUUAUGGUUACACACCAUAUGCAGCGUAUGCACAGCCCAAUUCCUCUUCUCCAACCAUUCCACAGGAUGGCCAGCUCUAUGGGCUGCAACAGUACCAGUAUCCUUGUUCUUAUUACAAAUCUCCUGCUUCUGCUGAUGUAUCGUUUACUCCAAACAAAAUCAGUGCUCCACAUGGAGAAAUAUCAACUACAGUUGAUGCUGAUCACCUUCCUUCCUCAAAUGUUAUGAAUAAAGGAAACGCUGUUAGCAUGAACAAUGGUGAUUUUCCAAAUGACAACGGGUUAAAGGGAUAUUUAACAAGUUCCCAGUCCACAUCUUUGAAUACAAAUGAUUCUUAUCUAGGGACUAGCUUGCCAGCUUAUUCUCCUCUGCCAGGAUAUCAAGGUCCUAGAACGAGUACUCAUGGUACACAGUCGACAGUCCCUUCAGACGUGUCAUUAGUUUCUGAUAGACAGUCAAAACAUGGAGCCAAGUUUGGAUUAUCUUCACCAGUGGUGCCUUUCAAAGAUUUUACAUCUCAAAAGAAUCAAAGGCAUCCUCAGUCACUUCCACAAUUUACGAACUUCAAUAGUUCCAGACAUCCAUCUGGACCAGAACUGGUUUCCGGAUACAUGAACGGGAUGUAUCCAAGCAGCAGAAUGUACAAUCAAUAUGGAAAUCCAUUUAGGGCUAAUCCUCGUUUUGGAUCUGCUGCAUAUGGAUCUAGAACAGGCUCUGUUAAUAACAAGCUUAAUGCUACAAGUGAUGGCUGGGGUGCUAACCAUUUUAAAAAAAAUAUGGACGGUUUCAGUGAGCUAAAUAAAGGACCCAGAGCUGCCAAGAGUUCUGACAACAGAAAUAUCAAAAGUCUUGGACCUGUCACAUUAUUACUCAAAGGACAGAACCUUCCAGCAAAGAGCGACAAAAAGGAAGUUUCUCUGGUUCCCAAUAAGGAACAGUACACUGGGGAAGAUUUUUCUGAGAAUCAUUUUGAUGCAAAAUUUUUUGUCAUCAAAUCCUAUAGCGAGGAUGAUAUUCAUAAAAGCGUAAAAUAUAGUGUUUGGGCUAGCACCCCUAACGGCAAUAAAAAGUUGGAUGCAGCAUAUCAUGAAGCCAAGGAGAAGCCUGGUGGCUGUCCCAUAUUUUUGUUAUUUUCGGUGAACACUAGUGGGCAAUUUGUUGGCUUAGCAGAGAUGGUGGGUCCUGUUGAUUUUGGUAAAACUGUAGAGUAUUGGCAGCAGGACAGGUGGACUGGUUGCUUUUCUGUGAAGUGGCAUGUCAUAAAGGAUAUUCCAAAUAGUGCAUUGAGGCACAUCACACUAGAGAACAAUGAAAACAAACCUGUAACAAAUAGUAGGGAUACUCAGGAGGUUAAAUUUGAGAAGGGUAUUCAAAUUGUCAAAAUUUUCAAGGAGCAUUCGAGCAAAACAUGCAUCUUGGAUGAUUUUGGGUUUUAUGAGGCUCGUGAAAAGGCGACUCAGGAGAAAAAAUCUAAUGAACAGCAGGUAAAAUACUUGCCUUUACAUCAGGUCAGUAAGCCCAGUGAUUUAACAAUUGGGACAGUCACAUUACCUAAGUCUCUUGAUUCGACCUUGAUGAAUGAAUCAGCUACUCCAAGUUCAACAGAAGGAAGAAUGAAUGCGGAAGGGCUUUUAGAAGGGAAUGGAUCGACUACAGUACUUGAAAACUCUUCUAAUAGCUGUUAAACCAGUGACAAUCAUUUGCUUAUUUUUGUUUGUUUUUUUCCCCUAUUCCUUUAGUCAGGUAGUAAUGGUGGUGUUUUUUGAGUUUCAAGUUAUCCCUGCUUAUUUGAUCUUAGUUUGGAGCGGAGUAUCUGAUUUAGGCUCUUUUUUUUUUUUUUGUUGGUCUCGUUUAAUAAGAUGUGCCUGGUUUAGUCAUAGAUAUGGUAAGUCAAAAGAACUUUAAACUAAAUAUUUAUAUUUUGCAUUAUAUAUAGUAAAGAAUUUUUAAGCUUUGCUAUGA